AUGAGCGCGGCGGGCUCCGGCUCCGGCGCGCCGUCCCAGCGCGGCGGGGAGCGCAGCCGCGCGGCGUCGCCGCCGAUGGACGCUCCGCGCGACGAGUCGGAAGAGAACCCGGAUCCUUUCGCGGAGAAUCCGUUCGUCAUGCCGGACGACGACGAACUCGAGACCGCGCGCGAGCGCAUCGAGGCGAGGAAGGCGCUCGACAAGGCGCGCGCGCAGCGCUCGUCCGUCCGCGACAAGACGACGUUCACGUCCGCGAUGGGCGGCACGAUGGCGGCGACGCUGCGCGCGGCGGGAGGCAAAGAGCCCGUCGUCGGACGCGUCGCCGGCGCGGGAUCGCUCGUGUCGGAUCCGAACGAGCCGCCGCCGCCGAGGAAGGAGAAGGAGCACCUGCACGACUUCAUCGCGAAGAAGCGCGAGAUCUUUCUCGUGCAGAUGGCGCUGGACACGAAGCGCGCGGAGAUCCGAAAGCUCGAGGAGCGCGCGUUGCAGCGCGAGGAGGCGCUCACGAAGAGCGAGAAGAUGCUCGAGGACGACGCGCUUCGGUUUGACGGCUUCUUGAAAGACAACGACAUGAAAGUCCAGGAGGCGAUCCGAAACGGCGAGCUCGCGGCCAAGGCGAAGCACGAAAAGCUGCAGGAGAUCAAGAAGCUCAACGCGAACGUGUCGAUCGCGUCGUCGGAGCUCGGGAAGACGGAGGACCAGCUCAACGACUGCGCGACGUACCAGAGGUUUUUGGACGCGCUCACGCCUCCGGAGUUUUUCGCGGAGCAGGCGGCGAUUCGCGCCGCGCGCAGGGAGGCGCGGCGCGCGGCGAGGCGCGAGGUUCGCGACGCGUACGCGAACGCGAUUCAAAACGCGGCAGAUCUCGAGGCGGACCUGCCGCGGCUCGAAGCCGCGUUGGCGACGGCGUCGCGGCUCGGACGAAAAGCGGAGGACCGCGCGAGGGCGGAGUUGGAGGCGGCGUCGGAGGCGGCGAAGACCGCGCGGGAGGCGAUCCCGGAGCGAUCGCCGCCGCCGACGCCGGAGUGCGACGACAGCGACGAGGAGAUUCCGAUGUAUUACCGAGACGCGAGGGCGCUGCCGGCGUUGUACAACGAGAUGGAGGAACAGAACUUGUUCCUCAUUCAAAACAUGCAAGAGACGGAGGAGGCGCUGGAGGAGAUCCAGAACCGGGCGCGGGAGACGCGGGAGCGAAUGGAGGCGGAGACGGACGCGCUGGAAGCGCAGGCGGCGGCGUUGCGAGCCGCCAUCGCCGCGGAGGAGGACAAGGCGGCGGAGAUUGCGCGACGCGGCGACCCGGGGAAGGGUUCGCUCGCGGGGGCCAAGCCGAGCGCGAAGAAGAAGAAAUCAGACUCGGAAGGGAAAGAGAAGAAACCCGCGGGCGCGAUCGCGGCCGGGUCGAACAUCCCCCUGGAGAAGCUCACGGAGAAGGUCGCGGAAGUGUAUCAACGCUGCGGCUUCCCGUUUGAUCCGUCCAUGAGCACGAUUCAGAUGCUCACGAACAUCGAGAGCAAGCUCGAGUCCAUACUCGCCGUCGCGGACAGCAUGCCGAAAGACGUCGUGGAACACGCGGAGAAGGCGCAGGAGAAGGUGCGACGAAGCGCCGCGCGCCUGGAGAAGAUCGCCGAGGACGAGCAGGCGGCGAUCGACAAGGCGGCGAAGAGUUUGGCGCGCGCGACGGCGCCGGUGAAGAAGAAGGUGGGCAAGCCGCAGAUGACGCGGUCGCUGCCGCCGAGCCGGAAGAAGAAAGAGGUGGUCGUGAACAUGGACAAGGAAGAGGAGGAGCUGAAGGCGUUCUUAGCGCUGGACUUUUAA